AUGAAGGGCAAAUCUCAAAUGAAAAUGACCCUUGAAAUAAUCUGCUGCCUAGAGGAGGUCUGGCCUGCACCGCCUGUCCAAUACUUGGGAAAGUGCUCUCCGCCUCUGAGCGGCCUAGUGAUAAGGAAGUCAGGGAACGUGCUGUGGAAGCAAUUUCAAGCAGGCUUGGCGCUGAAAUCCGGCCGCCAGCUACUAUACUGGCUUCAAGAUGCUGCAAUGAGAGCCGGUGGAGUACGCAGCAGCGAGCCUGGGCAAGGCGAGGAGAUGGAAGAGGAGGAGAAGGAGGAAGAAGAAGAGGUGGAGGAGGAGAAUGUGAAGAAGGAAGGGGAGGAAGAGUUUGGUAAAUAUGUUAUAGAAGAAGGUGCGGGGCAGGUGGAAGUUGGUAUAAAUUGCUCCGGAUCUGUCGAACGAGAGUGCCGGGCCGCACUCUGA